UUUCGAAUAACAAAAAUCACGACGACAGUUGCGUGGCUGCGGACGUAGAUUUACUUGAACAGCGGUGCAAAAACCUUGACCUGAAGUAUUGAUCAAGAUGCGCUGACGGAGCGUAUUGAAAUAAUUUAUUACUUAUGAGUGGGACUUCCACCCUGUUGCCCAUCCUUGGAAGGAAUACAGAAGACAACAAAAGACGAUCUCCUGCAGCAAGAUUACUGCUUUGGAAUGGGAUCAUUUUGAUUCUUUUUGGUGCAUUCUGCUGUUAUUUUCCACAUGUUAUAGAGGGAUACCACCCGCACAGAAAAGGGGAAGAUGAAAUCCUGGCGUCUAUUCAAUGGGGUGGUGUCUUGCUGGCUGUUAUUGGGGCCCUGUACACGCUUGCAGGUGGCCUGAAUCUCCAGGGAUACAUGCAUGGCUUGCUAGUGCAUCGUUUCACUGUGGCUCCGCUGCUUUACUUUUGCUACCAUUUCGGCAAGAUUUACUGGGUUGAAUUUGUUGCUUACAUCGUCAUUGAUCCGCCAAUGGCAAUCGCAACAUACUGGUUGCACCGGAAGGAUGUGGCGCAGCUCACCAGCAAACGAAGAUAGACAACAGAGCAUGACAAGGGGUACGGGGGUGUCUGUGGGACUGUCAGCUGCUAUUCUUAUAUUUCAAUAUGUGGCAAUUACAAUGCAGAUUAGCUAGUCAUGACUUAUGGUAGCUGCGAACAAAAUUGCAGCUGGUUCCCAGGUGCCAUCCAGCAGCUUUAUCAGGCACAUCUCAGUUGGAAUAUUACUUUGCCGCCGGCGCUCGCCAGAAUCAGUGUAUAUACAUAUAUGGCUUAAUCUCUUCAUUGGCUGCAGCUAAUUCUGGGUCUUGCGCAUGUCACUGUAGUACCCUGCAGGCAAAGGAGGGGCCAUUCCUGAGAGAUAUGAAUGGCUUCUGCAGAAGUGCAGGGCCCUGAUAUGCCUGUAAAAUAAGGAGAGGAACGCUUUCCUUGCGAAGUCCACACUUCUGAGAUUUUAAAAAUACUUUGAUCUGUC